CCACUGCUGGUCCGAAAGGGCCGCCACAUCAGGAGCACAGGCGACGAUAAGACGGUUCGGUGUCACUCAAACGGACACCCGCAGCACCACGGGAGGUCAGCAGACCUCGAGAUAUCGGCCGAGGCGUCAGGAAUCCGACGGAACAGACUCAGCUGAGACAUAAUUAUAACCGUGAGACAGCCUCAGCAGUCUUCAAAAAACCCGGACUCAGCUGAGGCAUCAGACAGACGGAGGUGCAUAUCAGCCCCGUGAGUCGAGCCCACCCCGGCCGCUCAGCCUCAGCUUCGAGUCGCCUUGAAUCAAGUGAGACAGAUUCUCGACCCAACAACUAAGAAAAAUCUCAGGCUUGGAGCCAGUUUGAACUCAACAAGAACGCAUUUCCGAGCUCAGAUAAACCUUCAGUCAACAGAGACGAGCCAGUUUUGAAAUCACUCCGCCCCUGUGACUGGGGAGACAACUCCUCAGCCCAGUGGAACGAACAAGACACCGGAAGUCCUCCAACGCCUUCAGUUCAAGUCGGACUGACAAAAUCACGAUCUGACUAGUGCAGCAUAAAGGAAAUAGCCAGCCACCCGAUCUUCCACGAGGUUCAGCAGACGAAGCUGGCGAUACGGUGGUAGCAGCUCCAACUGAAGAAGACACAGGGGUCCAGCCAUGAGUCGAGCCCUGCUGGGACAGGUGGCGGCCGCGGUGGUGAUGUCGAUGACACCGUUCAUCUACGGCACGACGUUGAGUUUCGGCGGCCUGCUACUGGCCGAGUCGCAGCUGGCUGAGAGGGCCCGACUCACUAUCGGAGAUGCAGUCAUGAUCGCCGCCGCAUCAAACUUCGGACGCAUGGCCGCGUGCCUGCUCUCCGCCCAGCUGACCGACCGCCUGGGCGUGCUGCGGGUCAUCCAGCUCGGCACGCCCAUCAACCUGCUCGCCUGGCCUCUGAUGACCCUCACGAGCGGCCGGGGCACGGUGCUCGCCGGUUCGGUGCUGGCUGGUUCCGUGGUGGGCCUCACGGGCCUCACUGGAAGGCUGUACAUCGCAGAGGUGACGACGAGCCGGUACCGUCCUGUGCUCUGCUACCUGCCGGGGGUGGCGCUCGGCCUCGGACUGCUGCUUAGUUUCUCCCUGAGCGCCCUGAUACCGUGGCGGUACGCGGUCAUCGUCUGCGGCAUCGUGCCGUCCGUGGUGCAGGUCGUCGGCACGCUGCUGCUGCCCAACUCACCCAGGUGA